CCGUCACUAUUAACACUCUCUCUCUCUCUCUCUUUCUACUUGAGUUGCUCACUCCCACUAGUGGUUGCUGCUUAUGCUUACACAGUUACACUACCCCUCUCUCUCUCUUCCCAUCCCCACCGGCCACCACCAACAGCACAUUCCCAAUAAUUAAACAAAUAAAGAUUUUUGGGUGAUCACUUUCUUGAUUUUUCUCUCCUUUUUCUUCCUGACCACCAUCCUAAAUAAGUAUUUUCAUAACUAUUUCGGAAGGAUUUUUUUUUUUCAUUUCUGGAUUUUUGGUCUAUCGUUUUACAGCUCACCUCUCUCUCUCUCUCUCCGUCUUCUCAUUCUCACACUUGCUCCACUCCAUUCCUCUUCUUCUCUGCUGCGCCUGCCUAAUCUCUUCUUCCAUUCCUUCCGCAGAUCGAAUCUGUAAAAGGGUUGCUGCGGAAGGAUCCCUUCUGAGUCACGGUGCAAGAGAAAAUUAGUCUUUAUUGAUUGGUGUUGCUUCAUCUACCAUAACAUUGAUCUGGAAACACUUUUCUUAACCUAGACAGCUGAAAUAUGUCGUCCUUGGACUCAUAACAGAUGUCUCCGAGAAAGCAUUCUGAAGCUUGGUCCGUCAGAUGAUUUCGGCAGGGUAUAUUAUGCUUGACAAGUGCCGCUAUGGCCAACUGUCAAAUGAUGCAUCUGAGGCAUUUGCUUGUUUGUACCCUUGUGCUUUGGAUGCUUUUAAAGAUGGGCGGAGCUAUCAGUCCUGAUGGUGAGGCACUUCUAAGUUUCAAAAACUCCAUUGUUGGUUCAGACACUGUACUUUCUUUUUGGAGGCCAGAGGAUCCCGACCCAUGUGGUUGGAGAGGUGUAACUUGUGACCGGAUAACCAAGAAAGUGGUAUAUUUGAGUCUGAAGGACCGCAGGUUGAGUGGACCUAUAUCAGCUGACCUUGGGAAGCUAGACCGCUUGAGGAUUCUGGCUCUAUAUAACAAUAACUUCUAUGGAAAUAUUCCUUCUGAAUUGGGAAAUUGCACAGAGUUACAGGGAUUAUACUUGCAAGCUAACUACUUGAGUGGAGUUAUUCCAAGUGAGCUGGGAAACCUAUCGGAGCUUCAAUACCUGGAUAUUUCCAGCAAUUCACUCAGUGGAUCUAUUCCCCAGUCACUUGGGAAACUCAGCAAACUCGUUAAUUUCAAUGUCUCGAAUAACUUUCUCAUGGGGCCAAUACCAUCUGAGGGUCCACUUACCAAGUUUCCUGACAGCUCGUUUGCUGGAAAUAAAGGUCUGUGUGGGGAGCAGAUCAAUGAAGCUUGUAAAAAUGAUAGUGCAUCCAAUAAUUCAUCUGGGCCUCUGUCAGCUCUAGGUCAAGGAAGCAAGAAGAAAUAUCCGGCACGGUUGCUUGUCAGUGCAUUCGCGACCAUCGGUGCUCUGCUCCUUGUUGCACUCAUGUGCUUCUGGGGUUGUUUUCUCUACAAAAAGUUCGGUAGAAAUGAAAGUAGCAGUAUUGCAAUGGAUGUUAGCGGAGGUGCAUCAAUUGUAAUGUUUCAUGGGGACUUGCCAUACUCUUCGAAGGACAUUAUUAAGAAGUUGGAGAUCUUGACGGAGGAGCAUGUGAUAGGUUGUGGGGGCUUUGGGACAGUAUAUAAGCUGGCAAUGGAUGAUGGCAAUGUGUUUGCUUUAAAGAGAAUUGUUAAGAUGAAUGAAGGCUUUGAUCGCUUCUUUGAGAGGGAGCUUGAAAUUCUUGGUAGUAUAAAACAUAGACACCUAGUGAAUUUGCGAGGAUACUGUAAUUCUCCAACAUCAAAAUUGUUGAUAUAUGACUAUCUACCUGGCGGCAGUCUUGAUGAAGUACUCCAUGAAAGAUCUGAACAAUUGGAUUGGGAUGCACGCCUGAAUAUCAUUGUAGGAGCUGCAAAAGGACUUGCGUACUUGCAUCAUGAUUGUUCCCCUAGGAUCAUACAUCGAGAUAUAAAGUCAAGCAAUAUAUUACUCGAUGGCAAUUUAGAGUCUCGAGUGUCUGACUUUGGUCUUGCUAAGCUGUUAGAAGAUGAAGAAUCGCACAUUACAACCAUUGUUGCUGGAACUUUUGGUUACUUAGCUCCUGUGAACGCUAUUGUUAUAUUGGCAGUCACUGACAUGGACUUUGCUAUUGUGUUGAAUCAAUUGGCAGAGUACAUGCAAAGUGGUAGAGCGACCGAAAAAACGGAUGUUUAUAGCUUUGGAGUCCUGGUUCUUGAAGUAUUAAGUGGAAAGCGACCAACUGACGCAUCAUUCAUCGAGAAGGGUCUCAAUAUUGUUGGUUGGUUAAAUUAUCUGGCAUCUGAGAGUAGGCAACAGGAGAUAGUGGAUACACACUGUGAGGGUCUGCAAGCUGAAAGUCUUGCUGCCCUGCUUUCCGUUGCCAUCCGAUGUGUAUCUUCGAGCCCAGAAGAUCGCCCCACGAUGCACAGGGUGGUUCAGUUGCUGGAAUCAGAGGUCAUGACCCCGUGCCCAAGUGAAUUCUACGAUUCCAAUUCCGAGUAAAAGCACAGAUGAGUUGGUAUUUGACCACCGGCACAUUUUGAAUUGGAGACAGGGUUUUGCCCUUGCCAAUACGUUAACAUUUUCUGUCUUCCAAAAUUUGAGGCCACAGUAGUACUAAAUGGUGAAAAAGGAAUUAAGAAUCUGCAACCCGGGUUUUGCAGUGCUACAUUCUAUUCAUUCAUUCUUUCUGCAGAUCAAAGUAUCAUAUGAUUGGGGGAGAUAACUGCAGUCCACCUGUAUUGUGUUUCAAAAUUCCUUCCGAGCAAUUGAUUAUUUUGUGAGGUGUCAAGGUGAAUUUUCAGAGGUUGGGGCGGAGGCUCCAUUAGGCAUGGCCUGUGUUGUGAAGAUCAGCUUUUACUUUUGUCUUCCUUUUUUCUUCUGAGCACUGAUAGUGUGGCCAUUUGUAAUUUGUUCUUACCUCGUGUCUUCUUUUGAUUGUUCCUUAUUUUCUUUGAAUUUGUAAAACCUUUUCUUGCAUUUGUUGUGUCUUCUCAGUUUGUUACAUGUAUAUGAGAUAUAUGUAUAAAUAGGAUACAGCUUUAGUUUCUGUUAGGAUUCUUGUUUUACGAUAAUCUUGUAUCAUAUGCUUCAAUUUGCAAUAAUCAGAGUUGGUUUCUUCGAUGUCAAGGAUCUACCUCUGUUCUGCAGUGUUGCGCUUAGGGUGUCUACCUGGGAAGAUGCUAUAAAUAGGCCCUGAGGAUCACUGCUGUGAAACAUUGUGUUCAAAAGAUUAUCUAAUUAGAAGCAGACAAUUUACAAUGCAUGCAUUUUCUGAAAAUACACAAAUCUAAACUUCC